GCAUACCGAGCUAAUAGCCUCUUCAUUGAAAUGCAGCUGCUCGAGCGGCUUCUGGCCGGCGGAUGAAAGGUCGGUCGUGACCGGGGCAGCUCCUCUUCCUCAUGCUCCUCCUCCUCCGGCUCCAGCUCCUCCUCGGGCACAAAGCCAUCUCUUUUGUUGCUCUGUACCCUGUGCUCCUCCACGCGGUGCUGCAAGCUCCAAAAACUCGGAAUACCGGGAGAUCCGACUGCGAGGGAGAGGGCUCGCCCCGUGGCGCACGCGAGAACUGCCUGUUCCGACAUGUCAGCCGACUGCGCGAGAUCGUCGCCGGAGACGGGCGGCCGCGUGCUCAGCGGAGCGCAGGACUACGCAUGUCCGAUUGCGAACAUUCCUGGGAAGUUGACGACCGGCUUUGGCUUGGAGCCCGGUGGCGCGCAUGGACUCGGGGCACCAGGGCAGGACGAACGGCAUGAGCAGGAAUCGAAAAAGCCCCGGAGAAAAGACACGCCGGUGCUGAAGGCCCCGCCGCUGCUCCCCGGGGUGAAGCUGAUUAAAGAGAAACGAUGUGUGAUUCACAUGGAGGACGAGGAGAAAGACUGAAAGAAUUAGCUUUCUUGGUAGCCAAGGCCUAGUGGUCUGCAAAUUCUCUUUUAGGAAACACGUGAGCUUGUGUGUUAGUACUCAACCCCUUUCAUGCUUUGCUUUUUAUAUAAUAAAGACACAAAUCCCUUA